UAUCAAGACGUGCUUGUUAACAGGACAAACAGGAAGUGCGUAAGGUUUGGGAGAGUAGUUGAAAAAUAUUGUGGCUAAUGUAAAAAAUUACGUUUACGGUGCGUCGAGGAAUUGCCGAGUAAAUUGCAUUUGUUGUAACGAGGUGGUCUAUAUAAAUACAAGUCAACCAUUGCUCCUUUUAUAAUUACAGUCGGAUACAUGUAGCCAGCCAGAUUUGACGCGUCACAGAGACUACAAAGGCGUUGAUUGAUUGCGUGAUGAUGUGUGCUCUUUAUUCUUACUAGAUCAUUAUUUUAGGAUUGGUUUAGAGUGAUAGAGUAGCAUAGCACCUGGUUGCAACGUAUUCACGACGUGGAGUGACGAUGACAUUACAAGUGGGUUGCCUAUCAUUCAAGCAGCCGUAUGCAGGAUUAGUACUGGACGGUGUAAAAAGUAUUGAGACACGUUGGCGCCCUCUGCUAUCCACAAUGGAAAACUGCACUCUAGCUAUUCAUAUUGCGCAGAAGGACUGGGAGGCCGACCAGUGGAGAGACAUCCUCACCCAUACACUGGGAAUGAGCCACAUGCAAAUAGAGGAACUUCUAGCAUCCGGAGACAGAUUUGGCCGUGGAGUCGUAGCAGGCUUGGUGGAAGUGGGGGAGACCUGGUGCUGCUCUGACAAUGUGCCAGAGAAGGAUCUGAGGGAGCUGGAGAAGGCAGCAGUGCACACUGGGCUCACAGAGAAACACCUCACACAACUGUCAAACCCACGCUGGCUCAAGGAACCCCUUUAUGCCAGAGGUCACAAAGACAUAUGGACAGUAGAUAUCCCAGUGCAAUUACUGCCAUCUGCGUAGUUGUAAUAAAAUAAUGUAUACUCAUUUUGUACUGACAGGAUCAUCUAUCAAGUUCGGGAGGCAAUAUAUUUGUAGACUACUCGCUUUCGCUUUAAGGUGCAAUAAAUGACCAACGGACCAAA